AUGAAACUUAGAAGAUACUUGAGGGGGAGUGGGAGGGUGCUGGCUUUUGUGUUCGUUGCCUCUGUGAUUUGGCUGCUGUUUGACAUGGCUGCUCUCCGCAUAUCGAUAAACGAUGCCAACGGCCAGCUGCUCAAAGAGCGUGUGGUCAGAGAGAGGGAGAUGGUCAAGCAGCAGUCCAGGGUGACGGGGCCGGCGAAGAGGGGCUUUAAACAGCCCGUGGAGAGGGUGGACUCCGCCGUACAGCCUGACUGGAGAAGACCGCACCGUGCUGGCGUCCAGCUCGCCAAAGUGUACAGAACUGGAGACGAGCAGCAGGAUCAGAUGCUGGCCAGCAAAAAAGUGAGCUCCAGUCUGGGCAAUGCUGACCAUGUGGCGAAAAGCGAUGGCUCCUACCCCGCACUGUCUAAACAGAUUGAUGGAGCGAGCCUUUCUCACAGCAUCGCGCCAAAGCAGGUGGUUGUUGCAAAGAAAAAAGCAGUAAACUUGGAUCUAAACGUAGCAGUAGCUAAUUUAACCAGAUCACCUAAUGUUCAGCCGGACAAACCAGCCCUGAAGAAGGAAGUCCUUAAAGCAGAGCACUUUGCUCCAAAAGCUCCGGACAGUGUGGAUCUGAAGACGAAUGGAAAAGUUAUGGAUGGGCAUGUUAAGAAUAAAACAAGAACAAGCCAGCCUCAGGACAAGGGCUCACACCCUGCCCAAACUGUGUCUUCCCAAACUCCAAACAAGGAUGCAAACGGAAAGCAGAACAGCAUUCAAAAGGAGGCCCAACUUGACGGGAGUGAGCUCAUUGCACAGACGCAGCUCCUGAAGCCCCUCAAAGCAGGAGACAACUCCAGCCACCAAGCAGCUGCCGUCCGAAACACAGGCCUCCACAAAGUGCUCUCACUGGACGCCACUCACUCCCCCAGAGACGCCCAUGCGCUGGGCCAGUUCGGACAGCCAGUGUUCCUCGCCAGUAGCGAAGACGCGGAGGUAAAGAAGAGGUGGAACGAAGGCCAUUUUAAUGUCUACAUCAGCGAGCAGAUACCAGUGGACCGUGCCGUUCCCGACACCAGGCCCCAAACAUGCGGACAGAACAUGGUCCACGAUGACUUGCCGUCCACCAGCGUGAUUUUCUGCUUCGUGGACGAGGUGUGGUCCACGCUCCUCCGCUCGGUGCACAGUGUGCUCAACAGAUCCCCCCCACACUUACUCAAGGAGAUCAUUCUGGUCGACGAUUUCAGCACCAGAGACAAUCUUAAAAAGCCGCUGGAUGACUACAUGUCCCAGUUCCCGAAAGUGCGAAUCAUCCGUCUGAAGGAGCGCCAGGGCCUGAUCCGGGCCAGGCUGGCCGGCGCCGCCGUGGCCAAAGGUGAGGUUCUGACGUUCCUUGACUCCCACAUUGAGUGUAACGUUGGCUGGCUGGAGCCGCUCCUGGAGAGGAUCUAUCUCGAUCGCAAGAAAGUGCCCUGUCCAGUUAUUGAGGUCAUCAGUGAUAAGGACAUGAGUUAUAUGCUCGUUGACAACUUCCAAAGAGGUAUUUUCAAAUGGCCAUUGGUGUUUGGCUGGAGCCCGUUGCCAGAGGAGUACAUAAAGAAGAACAAUAUGUCCAUUUCAGAUCCAAUCAGAUGUCCAGUGAUGGCCGGGGGCCUUUUCUCCAUUGAUAAAAAUUACUUCUUUGAGCUUGGUGCCUAUGAUCCUGGUCUGGAUGUGUGGGGUGGAGAGAACAUGGAGAUUUCCUUUAAGAUAUGGAUGUGUGGAGGAGAAAUUGAGAUUAUCCCCUGCUCCCGGGUGGGACACAUUUUCCGAGGACAGAAUCCUUAUAAGUUCCCAAAGGACAGGCAGAAGACAGUGGAGCGGAACCUGGCACGGGUGGCCGAGGUUUGGCUGGAUGAGUACAAGGACCUUUUCUAUGGCCACGGGUACCACCACCUGCUGGACCGAAAGGUCAUCGACAUUGGCAACCUCACAGAGCAGAUCGAGCUGAGAAAGAGGCUCAAAUGCAAGAGCUUCAAGUGGUACCUGGAUAAUGUGUAUCCAGAUAUGAAGGCUCCCUUGGUCAAAGCUGAGGGCCUGGUUUUCAGCCGUGGUCUAAGGAAGUGCCUCUCACUGCAGAAAAGCUCUCUGUCCUUUGAGAAAUGUGACCUCAGCAAGCAGACUCAGCACUUUAAUUACACCUGGAUGAGGCACAUUCGGCAGCAGGAGCUGUGCAUCGCUCCUCAAAGCAAAGGCAGAGGCUUUGCUUUAGUACGGUGCGACAACACCAGGCCAGAGCUCCGCUGGUUCCACAAAUCUUCCAACUCAGCUCUGGCGGAGCACCUCAUAGCGGAGUUUGUUUCCCAACACAUGUGCCUGGAGGCCGAACCUCAGGGAGACUCUCUUCGUCUCAACCCGUGUGAACCCACCAACCCUUUUCAGAAGUGGCAGUUCACACAUUACAACGCGCAAUGA